CCUCCGGCCUGUCAGUCCAAACCGAGAAGCCGCUCAGGCUUCAUCAACAUCUUUGCAUCUCUCUCGCCGCAUUCUCCCGAAGAGGGAACGAGAGUGAGAGGGGGACAGAGGGAAAGAGGAAAGAACAGAAAGGGAGAAGGAGAAUAGUCGGGACCGCGAGUAGUUUCGAGAGUAUACGCCGUGUUAAAGGACGAACCACCAGAAGUGCCAACGGUGGCGGACUCGAUCUGUCCACUGUCAGGAUGGCGAGGUGGUUGCUGGUCGCUUCGUUGGCCAGCUUGCUGGUCCACCCAACGAGAAACGAAAUCCUGACGCCACCGUAUUUCAAUUUAGCCGAAGGAAAGGAGAUCAUCGCAUCAGCCACGUGUGGCGUCGACACCCCCGGCCCGGAACUCUAUUGCAAGCUCGUCGGCGCGAAUGCUGAUCAGCACGAGGACAUUAAUCUGAUACAGGGUCAGGUAUGCGAUUACUGUGAUGUGGACAAUCCGGAAAAGAGGCAUCCUCCAGAAUAUGCAGUCGACGGUAUGGAAACCUGGUGGCAAUCACCACCACUUUCCAGAGGAAUGAAGUACAACGAAGUCAACCUGACGAUCAAUUUUGGACAAGAAUUUCACGUGGCAUACGUCUACUUAAAAAUGGGCAAUUCGCCGAGACCCGGACUCUGGGUGCUCGAAAAGUCCAAAGAUUAUGGGAAGACCUGGUCCCCCUGGCAAUACUUCUCCGAUACAGCAAACGAUUGUUUAACGUAUUUUGGUGUGGAUAGUUAUAAACCCAUAACCAGGGACGACAGUGUCAUCUGUACCACAGAAUACUCUCAGAUCGUGCCACUGGAGGGUGGUGAAAUACCGAUAUCAAUUCUAAAUAGCCGUCCGUCCGCGAAGCAUUACUUCAAUUCAACCGUGUUGCAAGAAUGGACACGAGCAACGAACGUUCGUUUCCGUUUCCUCAGAACGAAGAAUCUACUGGGGCAUUUGAUGUCUUUGGUGCGGGAGGAUCCGACCGUGACCAGGAGGUAUUUUUACUCCGUCAAAGAUAUCAGUAUUGGCGGUCGGUGCAUGUGCAAUGGCCACGCGGACACUUGCGACAUACUGGAUCCAAAAAUGCCGAAGAAACUCGUUUGCAGAUGUCAACACAACACUUGCGGUGCACAGUGUGCGACUUGUUGCAGAGGAUUCGAGCAAAAGAAGUGGCGACAGUCCACAGCGUUUAAGAAGUUCACUUGCGAACCUUGCAACUGUUUCGGGCACACGGACGAGUGCGAAUACAGUACGGAAAUCGACGAGAAACACCUGUCCUUGGAUAUUCACGGCAACUACGAGGGUGGCGGUGUGUGUAAAAAUUGUCGGCACAACACCGAAGGAAUCAACUGCAAUCGGUGCAAGCCAACGUUCUACAGGCCGCAAGAUAAACCUUUGAACGCAACUGAUGUCUGUCAACCAUGUCAAUGUAACGCGCGAAACUUGACCGGGAACUGCGCGGAUGCCACCGGGAAAUGCGAGUGUCGAAAAGAGUACACUUCGCCUAAUUGCGACAGUUGCAGUUUUGGAUACUAUGGCUAUCCAAAUUGUGUUCCCUGCCAGUGUUUCAGCAAUGGGACAGAUGGAGAUCAUUGCAAAGCCAUAGAUGGAUCUUGUCCCUGCAAGUUGAACUAUGCCGGUCAUUAUUGUGACCUCUGCGCGCAGGGCUACUAUAAAUUCCCCGAUUGUUUACCCUGCGAAUGCAAUCCUUUGGGAUCUCUCAAUGAUAACUGUGACGUCAUUUCUGGCAAUUGUACCUGCAAGAACAACUACGGUGGAAGAACGUGCAGCAUUUGCGAAGACGGCUACUACAAUUAUCCUCUCUGUACAUUCUGUAAUUGUGAUACACGGGGAACCGAGCCUGGAGUGUGUGAUAAAUCGAACGGUUCCUGUCUGUGUAAAAAAGGAUACGGUGGUCCCAGAUGCGAUCAAUGUAUCAACGGGUAUUACGGAUUUCCAAAUUGCAGGCCUUGCAACUGCAGUUUAAUAGGAUCAUCCUCAAUUAGUUGCGACGCCAUAGGAAAAUGCUCUUGCCUGGCUAAUUUCGCUGGAAGAACUUGCAGUCAGUGUAGCCCUGGGUAUUACAUGUACCCAGAAUGUAUAGCCUGCAACUGCGACAGCCACGGUUCGAUUGGCGCGUCUUGCGACGUGGAGGGUAAAUGUCAAUGUCGGGAGAAUUUCGACGGCGCCAGGUGCAACCAGUGUAAAGAGGGCUUUUACAAUUUUCCCACUUGCGAGGGUUGUAACUGCGACCCAGCAGGUGUCGUAGAAACAUUCCAGGGAUGUGGUUCAUUACCUGCCGGUGAGCUUUGCCAAUGCAAGGAUCGUGUCGAAGGUAGAAUCUGCAACCAGUGUAAGCCGCUCUAUUGGAAUCUGCAGUCCUACAAUCCUCAGGGUUGUGAGGAGUGUCAGUGCAAUAUACCAGGUGUUAUUGGAAAUAUCGGUGAAUGUGACACGAAGAGUGGUCAAUGUAUCUGCAAACCUGGAGUAACUGACAGGAGCUGCAACCAGUGCGUGGAUGGUACAUAUAAUCUUCAAGAGAGCAAUUUCUUCGGUUGUACAGACUGCGCUUGUGACAUCGGUGGUUCUGUAAACCCGGUGUGCGAUAAGCAAACUGGCCAAUGUCAGUGUCAGCCACGCGUCACAGGUCUGACCUGCAAAGAACCAUUGAAAGCCCAUUAUUUCCCGACCCUUCAUCAAUUCCAGUACGAGGCAGAGGAUGGGAAAAUGCCUAAUAACAUGCCCGUUCGUUACGGUUUCGUCGAAGAUCUCUUUCCAGGAUACAGUUGGAAGGGAUACGCCGUGUUUUCUGUUCUUCGCGAUGAGAUCAUUUUGAACGUCUUUAUUCAGAAAUCGUCCCUCUAUAGAAUGGUUUUGAAGUACGUGAAUCCGAGUAACGAGCCGAUUCUUGGAACGAUCACCAUCACCCCUGAAAAUCCAUCGGAGGUAGAGCAACAGUUUAAGGUGAAUUUCAAACCGACCGUGAAACCAUCGUUUGUGACCGUCGCCGGAGCCCAAGGUAAUCUCCCUUCGGCGAUGGUUAUGAAUCCAGGAUAUUGGUCCAUUAGUAUUGCAACUAAGAAGAAUCUUCUCCUCGACUACUUCGUGCUGCUUCCGUCUGAAUAUUACGAAGCAACCAUUCUAACUCAAGACGUGAAUAUCCCUUGCGAGGUUGGUUACAAAGGACUCUGUAGACACUACGGUUAUCCCGAUCUGAUGAGAUUCGAUUCUGUUCACGGUGCUGGUGGAUUUCUCAACGAAAAUAACGUCAGAAUCCCCCUGUCCGAAUAUUUCAUGGACAGGGACGUGCUGCAGGAAAUUGACAAGGUUGAAGUUCCGUUGGUCAAUGAGAGACAAGAAGAGAUACACUUUGAUUUAAGAAUCUCAAAACCAGGCCUGCACGUUUUGCUGGUGACUUACGUAACGCCGAAAGACGAGAACAUCACGUCAACGCUUCUGAUAGAGGCGAACACUGUCGGCAAAGGGAAAGCUACUCUUUAUCCUUGCAAGUAUACCAGUGUUUGUAGACAGGUAGUAACUGAUAGCUACGGCAGAGUUGCCACGAUGAAUUUCCCUUCAAACUAUGUCAGCUUGGUUUUAACCGGAGAGCCCACUUCGAACGUAGCCAUCGAUUCCGUCGUCGCCAUUCCAUACAAUCAGUGGUCUUUGGAUUAUGUUAAACCAAAAUCAAUAUGCGUGAGAAAGGACGGGAAAUGCGUGAGAGGUCAGUUCCCGCAAGCUGCGGACGCGAAGAAAAUCGAAUUCGAAACCAGCAGCACGAUCCCCGAGUCGGACGUUAAACCUUUCGGAAUCUACGACAAUGGCACGAAGUUGAUCUACUUGGACGAUAGGAACACAAUGGUAGACAUUCACGCGAAAGUGUUACAGCCUGGAGAUUAUACCUUUGUCGUGCAAUAUUAUCAACCGAACUAUCCGGAAUACGAGCUCGACGUGUUGCUACAAAAUGGCAAAUUCUACGAGGCAAAGAUGUCCGUUCCCCACUGUCCCAGCAACAGCGGAUGUCGCAGCGUGGUGAAACAGGAAGACGGCAACAUCAGGUUUCAACUGAUCGAGAACUUUAUGAUCACUUUCAAGGAGAGCGCCGGCAACGGUAUCUGGAUGGACUACAUUCUAGUCAUCCCAACGGAGCAGUACAACGAGAAGAUCUUGAAGAAGAUUCAGUUCGAUCAGACAAAGGAGUUUAUCAAGAAAUGCGGGUACAAUCAUUUCCAUAUCAACGCCACGGAGGAAGGCCUGUGCCGCGACUCGAUCUUCUCCUUAACGACCAACUACAACAACCGUGCUCUACCCUGCAACUGCAACAUCAACGGAUCCGUGAGCCUCGAGUGUGAGAAAUUCGGCGGACAAUGUCCGUGUAAACCAAACAUUAUUGGUAGGCGAUGCGAAAUUUGCAAAACCGGGUUCUACGGGUUCCCCAACUGCAGCCCUUGCAACUGUCCCACGGUCUGUGAACCGGAAACAGGCGCCUGUAUCUGUCCACCGAAGGUCGUUGGCAAACAUUGCGACGAGUGCGAGGUGGGAACAUACGGAUUCCAUCCGAUCUACGGCUGCGAGGAAUGCAACUGCAGCCCACUUGGCGUCGUGGACGGUGACCUGCAAUGCGACUUUCUAAACGGCACCUGCCGGUGUAAGGAGAACGUGCAGGGAAGGCAGUGCGACAAGUGUCGACCUGGCUACUCGCAGUUCCCCCACUGCGAGAAAUGCGACUGCGACACUAGGGGAACCACCGCGAAUAUCUGUGACCAAUACACCGCUGAAUGCUUCUGCAAAAAGAACGUCCAAGGAUCAGCCUGCGACGUGUGCAAGGAGGGUACGUUCGACAUUCAAGAGGACAACGAGGAAGGUUGCACCAAGUGUUUCUGUUUUGGAAAAACUACUAGGUGCGCGUCGGCCAACUUGUACAGAGCUCAGGUGUCCGACAUGACUAACUGGGAGUUGGCAAUGUCCAACGAGAAAAGUGGAAAUCUCACGUACUUGGCAACGAUCCCCCAAGAAUUGAACUCGACGAGUAUCUCCGUCGGUCUCACCACCAACGACACGUUCGGGAGAAUCAUUUACUUCUCGGCGCCGGAGACUUAUCUGUGGAAAAAGUUGACUUCCUACGGAGGAUUUCUGAAUUACACCGUACACUACAGCACCGGGCCGUUCGGCGAGGCGAUCAGCGCGGCUGAUGUGGUCCUCCAAGGUGCCGAUACGACGUUGCUUCACUACGCCGAGGAACAACCGCCGUCGUUCACGAAUUUCGAAGCGUCCGUGGAGCUAAUCGAAACGAACUUCAUUACCGAGAGUCGUCUGAGCGCCACGAGAGAACAGUUGAUGGUGGUGCUCGAGGAUCUCCGAGGAAUACACAUCCGAGCUGCUUAUUGGAGUCCUAGCAUAGCAGCAUCUUUGUCGUACGUGACUUUGGACGUGACCACAGAGAACUAUUCGCCGCAGUACAACGUCCCAGCCAGUAGCGUCGAGCAGUGUCAGUGUCCACCGAAUUAUCAAGGUCUCUCCUGCGAGGAAUGCGCACCGGGAUAUUACAGAGUAGAGUCUGGACCUCACGGUGGAUACUGUGUUCGUUGCGAGUGCAACGGACAUGCAGAUACUUGCGACGUCGAAACUGGCCUGUGCAUAGACUGCAAAGACGGGACCACGGGUGACCAUUGCGAGCUUUGCAAGCAAGGCUACUACGGCAAUGCCACCGGAGGAACUCCCACCGAUUGUCUCAUUUGCGCCUGUCCUUUGCCCUUCCCGGCCAACAAUUUCGCCACCGGCUGCGAAGUGAACGACGAAGGGAAUAAAAUCAGCUGCGACUGUCUUCCGGGUUACUACGGCGCUCGCUGCGAGUCCUGCAGCUCCGGUUUCUACGGGAAUCCCGAGUCGUACGGCGAUUACUGCAAACCGUGCAAAUGUUCUGGCAACAUCGACACGAACGAGAUCGAUGCCUGCGACUCCAGAACCGGCGAAUGCUUGCGUUGUUUGAACAACACCUACGGUGAAGCUUGCAACCUCUGCAGGCCAGGAUUCUUCGGCGACGCGGUCGAGAGGAAGGACUGUCGCACCUGUUCGUGCAAAGAGUGUGGCAUGGAACACUGCGACAGUUACAACGGCCAGUGCUAUUGCCGCGAGAACGUUAUUGGAGAGGAAUGCGAUCGUUGCGCGGAGAAUCACUAUGGCUACGACACGUGCGAGGGUUGCAAAGCCUGCGAAUGCGGAACCGCCUCGGAGAGCAGCCAGUGCGACGAAGCGACAGGCCAGUGUCGAUGCAAACCUGGCGUCACUGGACGCAGAUGCGACCAGUGUAUUCAAGGUUACUGGAACUACGGACCGGAAGGGUGUACCUCUUGCGAAUGUAACACCGGAUACUCGGUCGGUGUGUCUUGUAACGCCACCACCGGCCAAUGCAGCUGCCUGCCGGGCGUCAUCGGGGAGAAAUGCGAUCACUGCCCGUACAGGAACGUGUUGAUCCCGGGGCAAGGUUGCUUCGCUUGCGACUCCUGCACCGGGAACUUGCUAGACGUUACCGACGAGCUGUCUGAUUUGUUAGAUCCUGUCUUCACGGAGUUCAACACAGUGGCCGAGAGCUAUUUCACUAAUCAAAGGCUGAAGUUUAUCAACGACACGGUAAACGAUUUCUAUCCGAAGGUGAAGCUCUUAGAUCCCAGCAGAGUGAACUUCCUGCCGCUGCAGCAGGAAGUGAAGAGGCUGGAGUCAGAGGUAUCGAACCAGAAACGCGAGAUCGAUUACACGGCGGAGGACAGCGUGAGAUGGAAGCUCGCGGCGGAAAGUAACUUGGAGAACAUGAACCUUCUCGAGGAAGAUGUGAUGAAGGAGAUUGAUUUGGUCAGAUCGACCGUUUCCGAGGUGGAGUCCCUCGCUCUGAACAUUGAGUUAGGCACCGGCGCCAAGGUGGACAGCGCGUUGAAAGAGGCUGCGGACAUUCUAAAAAAGAUCAGAGAGGUGUCGUUCGUGAAUUUCCGCGAUCGUGCGACGGACCAGGCCGAUCAGGCCAAUAUCCUCGUCUCGGAAAUGAACGAGUACAACGUGCCAGUCGACAAUCUGUCGUCCAUCGCUGAUGGCCUCAGCGGCAAGAUCCGAAACGUGUCGGACAAGAUGGACGACCUGCUCGAGAUUACGUGGAAGGCUCAAGAGCUGGCCAGUCUCGUCGACAGGCUGAAUCAGGAGAACAGACUCGCGGCCGAGACCGGGAACUUCGACAUGGUGAAAAACUCGACCGCCGAGGCGAAGGAAGAUUUAUUGGCUGGCGAGGAAUUGAAUAGAAACGCCAGUCGGUAUCUCAACGAAGCGGGUUACAACGCGGAGGCGUUGAAAGUAAACGCGAUAGACGACUCGACGGACGUGUUGAACAGGACGAUCGAGGAAAACAACGAAUUGCUGCUGGACGUGCUCACCCCGGUCCAAAACGCACAGACGCACGCCGAGCAUCUUUACAAUCGAUCCAUUGAUCUCGACAGCCUUUUGACCGACACGAGGAACACCGACGCCGUGAAAGCUGUUUCCGCCUACAGGAACAUUGAAACGGCGAUAGAGGCAGCCCGCGAGGCUGCGGACAACGCCACUGACGCGGCAAACAACGCGACUGGUCUUUCAGACGGUGUCGAGCAGAGGAUGUUGGACUCCCGGAACACGGUGUUGAAUUUGUUAAACUCAGCGCAGAGUACUCUGUCGAAGACGACCGGCCAGCCAGAGAGGGAUUUGAACAACGCUCAAACGAACGCCACCGUGAUCUCCGCGCAGAACGAGCACAACGGCAAGCUGUUGGAUUACAUCGAGAAGAUCCUGGCGAACAUUCAAUCGCCAUCUUCGACGGUGGCUCGGGACGCUAUGAGUCAGGUCGUAGAAGUGGAGAAGAACAUCAGGCUCUCCGUGAACAACAUGAACGGUAUCGUCGAUAAAAUCCCGGAAGAUCUGAGAGAGACGAAACAGCUGUCGAAGAACAUUUCGGAAUUGACUCGCGACAUAUCCCAGGCGAGGAAACAGCUGGACAGCGUCGACAAGUACUUGCCGAGCAUAAUGAGACUGUUGCACGACCUGAACGUUAAUCAGAAGUCGAUUGACACCAGCGGGAACGAUCUCAAGAGCAAGAUCGAGUCGCUGAAGAACAAGAUCGCGAACGCCAGGGAACUUGCGGAUCGUCGGAAGGUCGGCCUGACCUUCUACAGGAACACCACCCUCGAGCUGAAGAAUCCUGAAAAUCUCCCGUUACUGGCCACGUCCACUAAGAUAUCUUUAUAUUUCAGAACGAACACAACGAACGGUUUUCUGCUUUAUCUGGGAAACGAGGAGAACGCCAAGCUGCCGCGCUCCAAGACGCACGAUUUCAUGGCGCUGCUGAUCGAGAGCGGUUACCCGGUGCUGAUCCUCGAUUUCGGCUCCGGGCCGGAAAAGAUCAUCAACAAUAAAUUCGUGUCGGACAACGUCUGGCGUCAGAUAAUCGUCGAGAGGACCGGCAACAACGUGAAACUGAUCGUCCGCGAGGAUAUCGGUGAAGGGAAGGAUCAGUUUUACGAGAAGGGGCACGUGUUGCCUGGAUCGCACACGAUAUUCGACUUGGACCAGGAACAGUCCAAGUUGUUCGUGGGCGGUUAUCCAUCGUCCUUCAACAUGCAGAACGCCGUGACCGCAUCCUCGUUCGAAGGUGAAAUGGAAGAUCUCGUGAUAGGGGAAGACACUCCGGUCUCCUUCUGGAACUUCAUCGACGGUGAAAACAACGAGAAGAUCGCGAUGGAGAGGGACAAAUUGAUCAACUUCCAACCUAGCACCGGUUACAGAUUCGACAAACACGGCUACGCGAUUUUAAGUAAACGAGACUUCCAAAUUUCGCCAGACAGCAAGAAGUUCAGCAUUAAAUUGAACCUGAAGACGUUCGCGGAGAAUGGAUUGAUCUACUUGAUGGGCAAAGGCAAGCAAUUCCUGUCGCUGGAAAUGAGAGAGGGCUACGUGAUCUAUCAGUACGAUCUUGGCGAAGGGGCAACCACCUUGAGGUCCUCGAACAGAUACAACGAUGGGAAUUGGCACAGCCUGGAAGCCCUUAGGUACGAGAAAGCGGGCGUUCUGAAAGUGGAUGGUAUGGAUGUGGUGAAGAAGAAAGCAGAAGGAAACAACAAGAACUUGGUGUCCUCGAAUAACAUAUACUUCGGAGGAUAUCCACCGAAUGCUAAACAUCCUUACGAGCCGGUGACCAACGAGGGCUUCGAAGGUUGCAUCGACGAGGUGGUUAUUUUAGACACCAUAGUCGACUUGACCCGUAACAUUCAAGCAUUUGGUGUGGUUCCUGCUUGCCCAGUGCGGUUUGCAAGUUUGGUAUCUUUCGAGGAGAACGUACCCGGCUACGUAAGAUGGCACAACAUCUCCGUGCCGAGCAGCCUUCAGGUGAACCUGAAAUUCAAGACCUUGGCGAACGAUGGUCUGAUCUUCUACGUGACCGACCACGAGAAAGGUGUGGUCAGCUACUUGUCGCUGAUCGACGGUGUUCUCGUUUUCAACAGCCAGGGCGACGAACUACGAACUACUUCCACGGGCAUCAAGUUCAACGACAACGAGUGGCACGUAGUCAUAGCUACGCACUCGCGCGAUUCUUUGAAGCUCGAUAUCGAUGAUAUUAAGAAUUACAGCUUCGACUUGGAAACACCGCCGUUGGAGAUACCUUAUGGCAGUUUGUAUAUCGGCGGUUUGCCAACUGUCUUCGGCAUCCCUCAGACCGGUGCCAUGACACCGUUUGUCGGUUGUAUCGGAGAUGCAACAUUGAACGGAGUUAUCGUCAAUUUCGCGAACACAACGGAAAGGCCUCACGCUCUUCUUGGCAAGUGCAAGCUGGGAGAUCCAUCGUCUGCGCUAUCUAAACCUGAGCCAGAACCGGAUAUGCCGCCUCCUCUGUUGCCUACGGAAAGUACGGACGAUAACGUCGAAGUAUCUACUCAGAUCAACAUCAUCGACGUCGAUAUAGACAAGGACACGGAUGAUGAGGAACCUAUGGUAGAAGGACGCGGCGGCAGUGAUUUAACUACAACCACACAGGCUACUGUUUCGACUCAAAGAACGACACCGUUGUACGUCGAUGAAUGUCGAUUGCCAUAUUAUCCGGCUGUCGAUCCAAAUAUGGAAAAUGCCUGGCGUUUCGGUACUGCGAGAAACAGUAGAUUGGAAUACAGAUCACUGAACGGCAGAUACAAGAAUGAUUACGAUUUCCAAAUCGGUAUCAAAACAAUGGCUGACGAAGGAAUUAUUUUCUACACGUCGGACCUUACUAAUCAGAAUUUAAUCGCCGUGUACGUCAGUGACGGGAAGCUUAAUUACAAGUUUGAUUGCGGAAGUGGACCAGCUUUGUUAGUUAGCGAUAAAAAAAUAAACGACGAUGAAUGGCACAUCGUAAUAUUUAAAAGGCAAGGAAACUACGGGGAACUUAUCGUAGACGAAGAUGAAGCAGUUACAGGGUACUCUCAAGGGAUCGUAGAAACUAUGAACGUUAGUCCACCGUUUUAUGUUGGUGGAGUGCUGCAAGAUAUGUCCACCAAAGUUUUUAAUACAAUAGGUAUGAAUCACACCUUCAACGGAUGCUUAGGUAAUUUUAUGGUAAAUGGACAACCAGUUGGUGAGCCUAUAAAUAAAGUGGGCGUGAUUCCAUGUUCGGAACGAAUCGAACAGGGAUUGUUCUUCUAUCCGGGUAAUGGUAGCAAUUUGUUCAGAGCAGUGGAUAGAUUCACAGUUGGUAGAACAGUCGAUAUCCAAAUGGACAUUAAACCACGUUCGACGUCUGGUCAUUUGUUGUCUGUCCAUGGCAAACGGGAUUAUUUGGUCUUAGAAAUGAUCAAUGGAACGGUCAAGUUUCUUGUUAAAACAGCAAAAGGUUCGAUAGAAACUUCGUUCGAGCCAACGAAACCGAAUUCGUUGUGCGACGGCAAUUGGCACAAUAUUCGAGCUGUUAAACAGAAGAAUGCCGUGCUUUUGUCAGUCGAUUACAAAGCAGCCGAGCCAGGAAUCGGUGGUAAAAAUGUAGCGGGUGUACUAUCCAAGCAUCCGAUCUUCAUUGGCGGUCAUCCGAUGCUUGGAAAAAGAUUACGAGGAAGUACUUCGCAAUCACAAUACGUCGGGUGUAUUAAAAACAUUCAUAUCAACAUGAAAGCUAUCCAUAUGAAUCCCGAACGUGCUUACGGGCAAGUCCUCGCAGGCGUAUGCCCAACAAUAUAGGAAUCUCUAAGAAUGUUAUUUAAAAUUGCACUUAAAAUCGAUUAACGUAACGUUGCAACUACUUUUCUCAACGAUCAAUCAAUUUUCGAAUGUUUUUUAACUAACAAGAAAAAUGUUUUAUAUAUAUAUAUAUAUAUAACGUUACGUGAGUCCGGUUCAUUUUUAAAUUUUUUAUUUUAGUAUUCUAAAUAUUUAAGGUAACUGUUCGAAAAUAAGGAGGAAUAAAUAAGUCAUCGGACAUCGAGUAGUGUAUCUCAGGCCCUAACCAUUAAUGUAUUUAAAUUUCGAAAAAAAUUAUUCAACAAUCUUCAUACGGUUUUAACACAAAUUUUUAAGAAUCGUGCAAAAAAAGAACAUUUUCGGCAAAUGUACAACCUCGUCCGAGCGCACAAAAGACUGAACGUCGCAUUUUUUCUACUUAUUAUGGUGGAAAACCCUACUACGCAUCCUUUAAUGGUUAUUUAAACACUCGAGUAAACUGUAUCAUUCACAUUAGCCGAAUUACAAAUUUUUU